AUGAAAACCCCCCUGUCUUUCUUCCUCCUCUCCAUGGCCUGCGCAGCCCCGAUCCUCCGCGCCCGCCAGGAAACCCAGGGCUCGCCGGCGCCGUCGCCGUCGCCGUCGCCCCUCGACCUCGAAAGCCUGAUCGCGCAUUCGCCGCUGAACGGGGUGUACAAGAUGAUCAAAGAGGAGGUCAAGGGUGUGUAUCUUCGCUUAUCCUUCGCAGGUCUGCUAUGUAGUGUUUUCUUGUGA